UUCACCUGUUCACGCCGCAGACUACGCUCGACUAUGUCUGCACUACUCGCUACUUGCCACUAGUCUACAGCGGGCAUAGCAUUUUGUAGACAAACUCGAUCUCGACGAGAAUCCCUCGUCAAGCAAUGUUUUUUUCUUGUUCCUUGUUUUACAUCCUGAGCUAAUGUUCUCAGCAGGAAAGCAAUGACUGGGUGAGUUCGUGUGUGAUGCUUGGGCCGUAGGGGCUCUUCGGGCAUGGCGACAGCACCUCGCCUGGGAGGUGCAUCGUGGCUAUCGUCCGCGUUGGAUGCUCUGGUGUUUUUCACUCUGGGUAUCGUGGCUAGCUACGGGGCCCUGACCGUGAGCCAGCAGUCCUCCCCGUCAGCGAAACGGGACGGCCACUGGCGGGCGGCAGUGAUUGCACAGUCGUUGUCAGUCGUACACAGGGCCGGGUUUCAGCAUGGCGAUAGCCGAGCUGCAGGCAGUGUCACAGAACAUCCCAGGUCCCAGGCCAUUACUACUAGUACUAGUAUCGGCACUAACACGGAGCUUCUCCUUCAGAAAGAGCUGGAGCAGCAGCGCUGGGCGGCGUAUAUGCGACUAGUAGAGUCACUGCAUCUGGACAUGUCCUUCAUCAAGUGCGGGGAGAUGCAUAAGCGAUACCAGAAAGAGCAUCAUAAAUUGAUGGAACGGUCAACAGGGCAGCCAACAACACUGCCACCAGCGCUACAAACAGAGCAGCAGCAGAAGCAACAGCGGCAGCAACACUCGGACCUGCAGCAACAGCAGCAACAGUUACCACGCCAACAACAACAACAACAACAACCGUGGUUGGUAGAGAAGCAAGUAGAGGGACAUGGUGCAGAGCAGCGGCAGCAGCAGCACGUGUCGCAGCAACCGCUCCAGCAACAAGUAGUCAAACGUGUGCCAAACCAAAGCAAGCCUCUUGGCCCGCAAAACCAGACAGGCCAGGAGCUCAAGCAGCGCUGGAAUGGGCAGGUACAACGGCUGCACACACUCCAUAACGAAUUGCAACAGCAACUGCAGCAGCGGCAGCAGCAGCAGCAAGGCAUGCAACAAAAUCGGGAACGAACUGAUCAACAGAGACGGCGGCAGAAGCAGCGCAAGGAUAUAAAAUUUCAACGACUGCAGAAGAGGCCUGAAAAAUACAGGACACCGCAACAGGCGCAGCAGAGGGCAGGAGAAGAGAAGGACUCCUGGCAGCAACAACAAGAACAGCAGCCGCAACAACUACUGAAGCAAGCACAAGGGCAGCUGCGACAAGAAGUGGAGCGACUGACGCGGCAUGCAGUUAAUCAGGUGCAGGAAAAUUUGCCGAGGCAACAGCAAACGCAACACACCCAGCAGCAGCAGCAACAGCAGCCGCGGCCAAAAAACCAGCCACAGCUGCCUAAGCCUUAUGCGGUCUCGCCCGUUGACGUACAGUCUGCGGCUCCCACAGACCGGUCAGAUGCCAUGCAGAAUUAUUUUGUGCCCGAGGAGAACGAUGGUGGUGCUCGUGUCAGACGCAGGAGACGACGAGCUCAGCAGCCAUCCGAGCGUCGUCAGACGCGCAUAGCCGUUGUUGUGCCGUAUCGCAACCGACAGGAACAGCUCAGUGCGUUUGCCCCGGCCCUUCGGGCAUUCCUCUCCCGUCAGGACGUCUUUGCUGAGAUCUUUGUAGUGGAGCAGCUUGGCAAAGCCAGCUUCAACCGAGGAGCUCUAAUCAACAUUGGAUUCCUGGAAGCCAACGCGCUUAGCGUGGAUCGCGAUACGUUUGAUUGUGUUGUUGUGCAUGAUAUCGAUCUGAUUCCGCUUGACCUUCGUAACCGGUAUGACUGCCUUCGUCCUGCUGUUGCUCGUGCUCAGGCUACAGGUUUGGAUGGUGGAACUGCCGCUGGUGCUGCUGCUGCAACUGCUACUGCUGUAACUGCUACUGCUGCUGCUGCUGCUGCUGCUGCUGCUCCUGCUGCUUCCGUUGGUGGUGGAGAUCAUAACAACAGUGGUAAGAAGUUUGUUGCUGCGGUUGCUCCUGGUACCAGCCAUGGUGCUGCUGCUGUUGCUCCUGUUGCUGGACUAGCUUCAGACGGCACUUUUCGUGCCCGAUAUAGCAAUGGCGUUUCUGCGAAAAGCGCCAUGCAUAAUAGCGUGGAUGGUGCCGAUGCUCCGGGACUUUCCCCACGUAACCCAGCAUCGUCAUCAUCGUUACCGGUGGUGGCUCCUGCCUCACGACUAAGUGACCUGCCGCCGCAGCCCCAGCCUGCCGUGCAGCUGAGCUCGGCUAUCGACAAGAUGAAUUGGUCGCUGAUACCGGCCGCCGAUGGUGGUGUGAACAUGCUGGCGUCGUCGACGUUCCGCAAGGUCAACGGCUUCAGCAACCGCUUCUUCGGCUGGGGCGGAGAAGACAACGACCUCACGACGCGGCUGGGAGCCAAGAACGUGGUGAUGGCACGGCGCAAUACCGAGCACGGCUGCUACGCCAACCUCAAGUCCGGCCACUACGUGUCAGGGCAGGUGGCGGAGAAUCGCUUCGAUCUGCUGCGCAUCUCCAAUGAGCUGCUCGGCGAGGGCCUGACGACGGCCAAGUAUCGAGUGCUUGGGCGGCGUCGGUACCAACACGCCGGUUUCGUCAAGAUCAGCGUCGACAUCUGGCUGCACGAGCCAUCACUCCAGGAUGGCAUGCCCUGGCAGCAAGGUGAUUGACCCGUUCAAAUUCAGAAUGCCCAGUUCGACGUUAAUGAGCAUUGACCGGCUGUACUGUGGAAGGCCGGCACUGUGGAAGGCCGGUACUGUCAUUCUCUACGGGUCCCAGGUCCACCACCCCGGCCUGGGGGAAACUUCGGAGAGUGCUGUCUGUGGGCCAGGUUGCCUAGUAGUUGAUGCGUCUUCACAGUGAGGGCUGUGCAGUCAGAAUGCAGUCUAUUAAUUAUUCAGCACACAAUUCGAUCUGGUGCUGCCACCACCAUCACCACCAGCAGCAUCACGACUUUGCAGCCAAUGUACGUCUAAUAACAACAUGCCCCAGCUGCUGGCACACUGCAGCGUGAGCCAGUGACGGUGCGCCGGUAACUCCAGCCAGCCCAUUGCUACACGGUGAUGACAAGUGAGGCAUUACACAACUGCCAGUCAGUUUGCUCUACUGUUCCGACAGAGGACUUUCUUUGAUUUUGCCCCGAGCGGCCUAGCACAUUGCUCGCGACAAUGCUACGGUGCAGGACACACACAGAGGUGCGCUGUGAGGUGUGCCAUGCGACAACCUGUUGCUGCUGUUGCUGCUGCUGCUACUGCAGUUGCUGGUUAUACGGUGGUGCUGCUGCUGGUGGUGGUGGCAAGGCGCAUACCUGAUACAGUACUCUAGGCGUAGCUUGGCUAACGACAUGUAGCCGUCGCUGGCUGUUGCAGUCGGCCAUCGCCUUGCCCUUGCCAUGUGUGUGCCCUUGCCAUGUGUGUGCUCUUGCAGUGUCUGUUUCACCAUGCGCUUGAAGCAUCGAGCAAGCGGCGGGCAGAGUAUCAUCACGCCAUUGAAUGGCCAUGCUCCUCCAGUACAUUCACUAGUCAAUUUCCAUCAGCGUUGCCUUCAACGAUAAGUGUAAGUCAAUCUCUAUGAGCGCUGCCUUCGCUAUGCACUGCAAUGUUGCCUCUUUGCGUUGAUAUUUAAAAGACAUUCCUCACGUUGUCUCGUGUUACUACUAUCCUAUGCUAUACUCUGCCGUCGUACCCUAUCCAUACUGUUAUAUUCUAUCCUAUCCUAUCUGCUAUCCUAGCAUACUCUGCUAUCCUAUCUGCUAUCCUAGCAUAUGCUAUGCUCUGCUAUCCUAGCAUAUGCUAUCCUAGCAUAUGCUAUGCUCUGCUAUCCUAGCAUAUGCUAUGCUCUGCUAUCUAUUGGCUUCACACCAGUGUUUUAGGCACUAUCACUUCGAUUGUUAUGAUCACUUGUUGAGUUUAUUUUAUCACAAUAUUUUGCAGCGGCUUCACGUACUCACGGCAUGACAGUGAUGAAAGUGACCUGAAGAUCGAUUCUGGAAAACCUUCGACUUUGUUGAUACAUGGUGAUGACAGCAGAGUUAGUUCUAUUUAUUGCUCUAUUUUCCACUUGGUUCUUUUGCUUAGCCUUAAUCUUCUCGCCUCGGGCGUUCAUUUUGCUUCUCCCCUUUCGGUACAAAAAGGGCGAUUUUCACCAUCAGCA